AUUUCCACAAGGAAAAAAAAAACACCCGUUUUAAAUCGAUACAAACUGCUCCGGCGUUUUUCCUGGAAGACUCGAAUCCCUUCACUGUUACUGAAUGAAGAAGUGAAUAAUCUGUGAUCACAGUCAUGGCUGUCCAGGCUGGCAUCCAGGUAUGGUUUGGCGAGAAGUUUGACGCCCCCUUGCCUAGCCCCAGGAGCCCUCGCAGCCCAUUGGCGCAGAGGCAUGGCCCCGGCCUCGCAGAUGUCUUCCAGUACGACCAGUGGCUGGCAGUGCGACACGAAGCCACCCUCGUGCCCAUGCAGGAGGAUCUGGCCAUCUGGCUAACUGGCAUGCUGGGAGAGGAGGUCAGAGCAGAGUUUUUCAUGGAGGAGCUGAACAACGGUGUGAAGCUCUGCCAGCUUAUUGGUGUGCUGCAGACUAAGAUCGCCCAGAGCUGCCCCUCCGCACUCAGCAAGCUGUUCACCACAAGGAAGGUAGCGUGUAAGCGGGAUGCCUCUCCGGGUUCCUUCUUUGCCCGCGACAACACCGCCAACUUCCUGGCCUGGUGUCGACACAUCGGCGUGGAAGAGACAUACCUGUUUGAGUCAGAGGGCCUCGUGCUGCAUAAGGAACCCCGGCAGGUUUGUCUCUGUUUGCUGGAGAUUGGCCGCAUCGUCUCCAAGUACGGUGUGGAACCUCCUGUGCUGGUGAAGCUGGAGAAGGAGAUCGAGCUGGAGGAGACUCUGCUGAUGACGGAGGAGCCGCCUCCAGCUGUCAAAACCUUUAGCGUGUGCUGCCAGCAUGGCGGCCUCUACCAGCCGGGGGAACACGGCAUGGAUGACCCACCCUGCAACUGCUCUAACAGAGUCUCCAUUGAGUACCUGUCUGAGGGCCGCUACAGACUGGGAGACAAGACCAUCUUUAUUCGGAUGCUUCAUGGUAAACAUGUGAUGGUGCGUGUUGGUGGCGGCUGGGACACGCUGCGUGGCUUCCUGAUGAAAUAUGACCCGCUGCGAGUGCUGCAGUUCACCACUCUGGAGCAGAAGAUUCUGGCCUUUCAGAAAGGCCCCCCUGGCCUGGGAGGUCACCACAGCAAUGCAGCUCCACCUCCUCCUCCUGACAUGGACCCUCUCGCCGCUGUCAACAACCUCAUCACCUCCUCUGCCUCUUCUUCCUCCUCCACCACCUCAUCAUCUUCCUCCUCCUCUGGUUCGGCCUGUAAGCCAUUGCCGGCGGCAGCUGCCGGCCAGACGUGUCGGUCCUAUGCCGCCUCUCCAGCUUGCACACCUACGUUGCCCAGGAAAGGUUUCGUCGCAGCACCCAAGAAGAACCUCCAGAUGACACCUUCGUCCCCCAGGAAGCCCACCCAGCUGCCGCUGGUCAUUACCACCAAAGGCUCCUCCUCUCUGCCUGCUACGCCUGUGGGAAGCUCCUCCAGACAGUCUCCAAGCCCAGGGUCUCAGGGUGUGCAGGUCCAGCGCAAAGCUCUAACCCCAUCAGCAGCUCCAUCACCUGCCCCUGCAGAUCCGAUUUCUGCCUCCAAGCUAAGGCUCAAACCGUCACCCCGCAGUGCCGCCUGUCAGCCCAGGAGCCCUGUCUGCCCUGAGCCUUCUUCCAAAUGUCCCAAACCCUCCAGCCCCUGCAGCUCCCCCACUGUUGCCUCUGUGCCUCGCCCCGUCACUGCACCAGUACGGGCACCCACCUCUAAAGAUGCCCGACCCCCAACAGGCGCCAACCAGCGCCCUCGCCUUGCACAGCGUCGUCCCGGUUCCCCAGCCUCACGCCUCCGUCUAGAAUCAGCCAGGCGGAUUCGUACGGCAACACGGGCUGCAGCAACGCCAACUCCAAGAUCCACAACGCCAACUCCACAAGCCCGGACACCCAACCCCAGCUCACGGACAGCCUCCCCAGCACUGCCAAAACCUGCCUGCGCCCUGCCUAAAAGUAAAGAAACCACAGCCAAAGCUAAGGGUUUGGCCCCUACCAAGGUGGCUCCAGCCCCUCCACGAGGCACCGCAGUUCCUGGGCGGGUCCCCGGGCGGGUCCCCGGGGGCAACACAGGCCCUACUGGCGCCAGCAAAGCCAAUCAGAAAACACCAGCCACAGAACAGAGGGUGGGGCGGAAACAAGCAGCCACAGCUAACCCCACCAACACUAAGUCGACUCUAAAACCUGAACCAACUGCUUCACAAGCCCUGGCUCCGCAGAAAACCAGCCCCAACGUCAAAGCUGUUAAGACAGGGCCCGGCGUCAGUAAGAAGAUCCCACAAUGGAAAAGCAAAAGUGAAGACCCCUACUUCGAAAUGAACAGUAGAAGAAGGCAGAGGACGUAACCGGGCGGUCUGCAAGGUCUUUGCCAAAAACCAGCAGGCUGGUAGCACGCAGCUUCUUAUCACAAACCAGCACUUGUUGGAGCUCAGACUUCAGAUAGAUAAAUAUUGUCACUAAUCGCCAUCAAGAAGCUUCUCACAUUUGACUUUUUUUUUGUCUGCAAAUGUAUUUUUGUUUGUUGAAUUUUGCAUAUUAUUUAAUUGUCUUUAUUUUUUAAUCCAAAAGGGUCAAAGAUGUCAUGUUGUAUGUUGUUUUUUUUGUCUUUUGUGAUGAAUUAAUGGUCUUUUUUUUGAGAGGUCAGCUCCAUGUACCUACCUUAUUAACACUAAAACUUGCACAAUGUUUACAUUCUCAUCCUUGGUUACAUGUACAGCCGUUACUGUGUAAAGUAAUUAGACGUCACAUUCAAACACUAACCUCAAAGCUUCUUUAGCUUUUAAUAGCCAUGAUUUAGUAAAAAAAAUGCACUUAGGCGAACAUUUUCCGAAGUUUUGCAGGAAGAUCAGUUUUUAUUCAGGUGGGAAAGCAGCUUGUGUGCCCUGUUUUCUCCAACAGGAUACCAAAGUUGGAUCAUUUUGGAUGGUCAGUGAGACAACUGGAACACAAAUCAUGGUUUCUGAUUGAUUUUUUUCUCCAGUGAGAACGUCCUGUCCACUGGUGGAUGGUCAAGAUAGAUGUUUUUCGUGUCUGAAUUUGUAUAAAUGAUAUCUAGGUGGAAGGUUUUUCCUCGAUGGCGCUGGACAAAGCGUUAUCAGGAACGAUUCUUUCAGUCGUGUGCCUUCGUCAGAAAUCUGUCUGAGCGGCAUUAGAAUGUAUUCGUUGAUCGGGGGUGUGUCUGUGGGUGGGGGGUUAAUGGUUUUUACUGAUGAAAAUUGCACAGUGUGUACGAGAACUCAUGACUUUGGUUUGUCGUAGAAAAGCCUGAGUUGUAGAUGAACUACUGAUCAAACGCCUCUUAUCUUUUACCAGAAAACACUCAGGGCCCUCUAGUGGCCAAAAUCAAUUUAGAGCAGAAUCUACUUGUUUCUAUUUUUUUUGUGUGCGUGUUAAAAUCUAGUUUUAUAUGUGGUGUUUGUGUAUGUGUGUAAGUGUGUGUGUGUGUGUGUGUGUAUAUAUACAGUGUGUAAAUAUACAUAUAUAUAUAUAUAUUAUCAGUGAGGCUUUUUUCUUGUUUGGCACUUUACAGAAACCUCUGUUUGUCACAAUUUGAAUGUUGAUCCUGUUGAUUGUGUCUCUUGUUCCAGCUACCUUUUUGUCAUUUUAAAUAAUAAAUGGACAAGUGUUU